AUGGCGGAGCGUUUCUUCAGGUCUCACGUGGUCAUCGAUACAUCUGCUAACCAGAGCUUUAGAAAUGCGGGAAUAAACGCCUCGACGAAGCUGACAGCGACCCACGAGCAGUUUUCUCAACGCAAGAUAAUAGAUCUGCCAUCGAGUGAAACGAAGAAACGUCGAUUCAAAUGUCUUGGAUGGAGAGCAACGAAGGGAUGUAGCCCAGACGGCCUACGCAACUCUCAAGGUGAUUUAGGUUGCAGUAUCUCGAUUCCAAAGAAGACAUCAGGCUACUGUGAAGUCGAAGACAUCGAUACCAGGGAAAGGUUCCGCGUCAUGAAGCGUUCUUGUGCAAACACGAAGGGUGGUGCCGUAUUUCGAUGCUCGGACGCUCCAGGGUUUGCCAACUUCCGUGUGGAAGCCCAGCUUGUUAUAGCUCAGACUAAAAAGCCUCGUUUCGCUUUACCCAAUCUGAGAGCAGACUUGCAAACUCCCAGUCGAGGCAUUGUUAUGGUAGUGUAUCCUGCGUUGGUAGCUAGCGCUUAUUCCACAAUCCGACUGCUUCGCGACGUGUUGGGUUGUGAACUACCAAUCGAGAUCUGGUUUUCUCCCGACGAAAUGCGGAAAACCCCGGGGUCACUUAAACCGCUGCAGACACUAAAUGAAAACACAACUACUGGCAACUUGACACUUCGUGAGAUCAAUACGAACGGCAGACCCAUUCGGUUUGAGGCAAAGAUAUACGCGAUUUAUCACAGCAAUUUCGAACAAGUGCUGUUUCUGGACGCCGACAACGCCCCAGUGAGAGAUCCAACUUCUCUAUUCGAAACACCCGAGUUUGUGAAAAUGGGCGCCAUCUUUUGGCCCGAUUAUUGGCAUCCACAGAACACGAUGUUCUAUAUCAACUCGGAAUCCCUCGUCUGGCAAUUAUUGGACAUGCCUUUUGUCGAUAUGUUCGAACAAGAAAGCGGUCAGAUUCUCAUCGAUCGUCGUCGACACGCAGCACCACUCCACCUCGUAUCAUUCUAUGCAUUCCAUCGACCCAAUUACUUUCAGCUUCAGCGACUUGCGUGGGGUGACAAGGAUCUAUUUCGCUUCGCGUGGUUGAAGCUCGAGGUUCCAUUCUUCAUGAUCCAAACUCCGCCUUCUAUUGCC